AUGGCGAUGGACGGUACGUCCACGUCUCCAACAGGACUGCCGUACCACAAUGUUUCAGAUUUCUACCCCAGAAAAUUUGGCCCGAAGCCGGACGUUGUACCGUCCGGGGUAACCGAAAGGAAAGUUGGACCUCUAGACAAACCCGAUAUGGUGGCAGUGGAUGUCAUCAACAUAAAGGAGUCCGACACCCCAGUGCACAGGAAGAAGCAAGAGAAGGACACCUAUGUUCUGGGCACUAUUCACCCUUUCCGAAAAUCACACAGAUCCAUUUUUGGGAAGCUGUCCCAAGAAUUCUGUUUAGUAGCAUCUGACAGAAGGUCCUGGAGGAUCCUGCUCUUUGGUGUGCUGAAUGUGAUGUGUACGGCAUGCUUGCUAAUGUGGUGCAGUUCCACCAAUAGUAUGGCCUUAACUGCGUACACGUACCUCACCAUAUUUGAUCUCUUCAGUUUGAUCACAUGUCUGAUAAGUUCUUGGGUUACUAUGAAGAGACCAACACAGGCUUAUUCGUUUGGGUUUGAGCGGUUUGAAGUUCUGGCAGUCUUUGCCUCCACGGUGUUGGUUCAGCUGGGAGCUCUGUUCAUCCUUAAGGAAAGCGUGGAACGCUUCGUGGAGCAGCCCGAAGUCCAUACGGGGCGCCUUUUGGUUGGGACCUUUGUAGCUCUUUUCUUUAACCUCCUAACACUGCUGUCUAUCAAGAACAAGCCCUUUGUCUACGUGUCUGAAGCUGCCAGUACCAGUUGGCUCCAGGAGCAUGUUGCUGACCUGAGUAGAAGUCUGUGUGGGAUCAUCCCAGGGCUGAGCAGCUUUCUCCUGCCCCGAAUGAACCCAUUUGUCCUGAUCAACCUGGCUGGAGCCCUGGCACUUGGCAUUACUUAUAUGCUCAUCGAGAUCAAUAAUUACAAUGCUGUGGACACCGCCUCUGCUGUGGCUAUAGCCCUCAUGACCUUUGGGACCAUGUACCCAAUGAGCGUAUACAGUGGGAAAGUGCUUCUACAGACCACUCCUUCCCAUGUCAUUGGCCAGCUUGAUAAACUUCUCAGAGAGGUCUCCACUUUUGAUGGUGUCUUGGAGGUUCGGAAUGAACACUUCUGGACUAUUGGCUUUGGUUCUCUGGCUGGCUCUGUGCAUGUCCGCAUUCGAAGAGAUGCCAACGAGCAGAUGGUGCUCGCUCACGUGACCAACCGCCUCUACACCCUGGUCUCUACACUGACAGUUCAGAUUUUUAAGGAUGACUGGAUCCGUCCAUCCCUAAUAACUGGAACGCUUCCAACCAACGCGCUCAGCCCCUCUGAUUACGGGGGGUUGUCCACCGUUCUCCCUCCCUCUUCCAAACAGCCCGAAGAGCUGGAUCCCCUAACGUCCACACCUGCCAAACCCAGCAGCCCACCUCCAGAAUUCUCAUUCAACACACCGGGGCAGAACAUCCAGCCAGUGGUUUUUCCCAGCGCACACCAGCAUAGGCCUUACAGCCUAGGUCUUAAUUUUGGGGCAUCCCCCUACACAAGUAUGCUCAAUCAGGGCUUUGCACGGCCAGGCACUGGGCUCGGGAUGGGUGUAGGCUUGGGAAUGGGAACUAGAAUGCCGACAGGACAAGGAUACAGAACUUCUUUUGGCGCAGCACCUCAUAGAUUCGGGAGCAAUCUGCUGCCUUCACAGAUGAACCAAUACAGACCCUGAUCUGAGCACAGGCCCUAGUUACUGCGCUCUCUUAAAAUCCAGCGGUGAUACUGAACUGAGAACAGGUGGAGAGGAGGGAGCCGAGGUUCAAAGAGGAUAUAUCGGUAUUUAUUUUGAUGGGACCAAGACUUCUGUCCUUAAGAUUGUUGAAUUUUUUUUGAACUGUACUUUUAAAGAUCGCUGAUGUAUCGGAAAUAUAUGAAACUGUCUGAUUCCCAUUGUCUCUCAAAUAAGAGGAUUGUUUAGGCUAUGACAUUAGCAUUAUAAACCUUCUCUUAGAAAAGAUGAUCUGCUACAUACUAAAUAUACUGUGGUCAGUAGCCAUCCAAUAGGCAAAGCUGGAGACUGUCUUUGUCUUGAGCGGUGCAAGA